AUGAAGGGAGUUCAAAACAUGGUGGAUUGCAUUUACAAGAACCCAAACGAGCCGAUCGAAUCAAGAAUCAAGGACCUCCUUUCACGUAUGACUCUCAAAGAGAAACUCGGUCAGAUGACUCAGAUCGAAAAAUCUGUCACCAAUCCUUCCGCCAUUAGAGACCUCUCAAUAGGAAGUAUUCUGAGUAUGGGAGGCAGUGCACCAUUUGAGAAGGCAGUAUCGUCCGAUUGGGCUGACAUGGUAGACGGAUUUCAAAGUGCCGCACUCGAAUCGCGGCUCGGUAUUCCACUUCUCUAUGGCAUCGAUGCUGUUCACGGUAACAACAAUGUCUAUGGUGCCACCAUAUUUCCGCACAAUAUCGGUCUCGGAGCCACCAGAGAUGCGGAAUUGGUUCGAAGAAUUGGGGUUGCUACUGCUCUUGAAGUCAGGGCUUGUGGCAUUCAAUAUGCUUUUGCUCCCUGUGUUGCUCAAGCCAAAAUGGAGAAUGGUUGUUAA